CGGCAAGCGGUUCUUUUUAUUUCACGCGUACAGACACACAAGUGCGGACGAGAGUGUACCAAUUUAUCGGAGAUAAUCACGGAGAGAUAAAUCCUGGGUCUCAGUCUUAUCGCAGUUUUCGAAACGAACGGGCAUACGAAAUAAUCCACAUCCAAUGAGCUGAACCUUAUGAAAAUGAGCUCGCUACAGCAAGGAAACAGGUUCCUCCCAUUCUCGACUGGCAAUCUACAAAGAAAGCAGCUGUCUAUACCAGGUGGUCUUCCUCAAAGCUUGAGUGGUAGCGAGACUGAUGUUUCCACAUCUAACGAGAAUCUGAGCAACGAGGAGAGAUACGUCAUAAGGCACACGGCGCGGCAGGAGCCGCAGGGUCAGGAGAAUCAGCAGCAGAGUCCUUCUAGGUCCUCCAGUCACAAGGAAAACAUACCAAAUAUUCAAGGCAAUCUGCAUAAUAACAGAAACAGUCUGAAAGAGAGUCUGAAUGGAUCAAAUAGAAACAGUCUGAAGGAAAGCUUAAACGGUUCCAACAGGAAUAGCCUGAAAGACAGCAUCAAUGGCUCCAAUCGGAAUAGUUUAAAGGACAAUCUGAGCAAUCGUAGUGUAGGCUCGAACAGAAGCAGUCUGGACGUGUCGACGAGUUCGUAUAAUACGUUGAUUAUACACAACGCUAACGACGACAGCUCAUGGAUACCAUCCGGAAGAUUGUCGGGCAUGGUGAGGGAACACGCAGACGUGGGCUACUUGUAUUGCGAUGGCAAUGGCAAAGGUCACACCAACAGUCCUACGAUGCAAUCCCUGUCCAACCUACCACACGAAGAUUACGUUCACGAACAUUCUAGCGGCGGUGGUUGCCAGGAAAUUACAGACAUCCCGGAUGACUAUCUCAGUCAGUCUCAGGUUUUGAAACAUCUCGCGAAGGAGGUGAAGGUGCCGUCGUACACCAACAAUGGAGACAGCUUAGAAAUGAGACUAGGAGAGAUGAGAAUAAGGGAUGGAGGGAAGCAGAGCGACAGCGAGUACGAGAACAGGCCGUCGUGCUACAUAUCCACGUUGUUACCGUUUAACAAGCAAAAAUUUCUCGGCCCGACGGAGAAGUUGACCAUAUCCCGGUCGCAGCCCGACCUGUCCAAGGUCCUCAGGGAAGACUUGUAUCUCACUCGAAUGAGAUCACCUCGACCGCAGACCAAGGGCCGGGAGGAGGUGGAAAGGGAGACGGCCGAGGUAUGGCAGCCAUCGGAGAUGAUUCAGCUGAUAAUUCAGGAGAACAACGCGCUGAAAUUGGAGCUGGACCGCUGCUACAGCAAGGUCUCCAAGUCGCAGAAGCUGGAGCAAGAGGUGACGAAGGUGCAUCGCGCCCACGAGGAGCUCGCGGCUUCCUGCGAACGACGGGAGAAGCUGGAACGCGCGGCACGACUGAGACUGCAGAACGAUUGUCGUCGACUGAGCGAGCUGAAUCGCGCCCUAAGGGACCAGAUCGACCUGUUGUCCACGCGCACGGACAGCCCGUCGAUCAUCCAGAGCAUGCGGAAAGAGCUGUCGCAGCACGAAGUACUCAUCAGCCAGUUCCUCUCUCAGAACAAAGAACUGACCGCCGCGAAGGAGAGGCAGGAGAUCGAACUGGCCGCCCAGCGGGCCACCCUGCAGGAGCAACGUACGCACAUUGACAUUCUGGACACCGCCUUGACUAACGCUCAGGGCAACGUCGUGCGGCUCGAGGAAGAAUGUCGCAAAAAGCAAAUGUACGUGGAGAGAGUCAACCAGCUUCAGCGAGCCUUGUCUUCGCUCCAGGCGUCUAGCGAUAGACGAGAGGAGACGGAAAGACAGUUGAGGGGUCAGCUGGAGAAGGAGCUGCGCGAGGGUGGCGGAGGUGGUGGUGGAGGAAAUGGCAACGAGCAGACGUCGAACGGAGAGACUAUCGCGGACCUGAAGCGACGGUUGCGCGAACGGGACGAGAAGAUCAUGUCUCUUGAAGGAGACGUCGCCAAGUGGGAGCAGCGUUACCUGGAGGAGAGCGCGCUCAGGCAAGCGGCCAUCGACGCAGCCAGCUUGCCGAAAGACGCGAAAAUCGCCGCUCUGGAGAAGACCAGUCAGGAUGCGGAGAAGCUCAUCGCCGAGGCGCGUUCGGAGAAAAUGAGGCAUAUGGAUGAGGUGCACGCCGCGCAAAAGAAAUUGGCCGAUCUUGAGUCCAGGAUGAAGGAUCUGGAGUCCAAACUGGCCGAGAGAGACGCCAUGAUCAGGGUGUUGCAGAAACAUACGUACGACAAGGUGGACAGCAGUAGCAGUAGCGGCGUGGGCAGCUAUCCUGCCGCGCAUUCGUCGCAUUCAAGCACGUCGGCGGAUCAUCAUACGGCGCUGACGAGCACGCCGGAACUCGUGAGCAGCGUACUCGGCGGUGGCAGCGGAUACGGCAGCACCGGUUCCUACGGCGUCACCGACAGCUACAAAUAUAGGAAACAGGGCAGCUUCGAACAGACUAACAAGAGUCUCGACGAUCAACUGAAGGAGCUAGACUCGCAGCUACUUAGCAAGCGGGCACUUUGCUGUUUUCCAGGAUUCUCUAAUCCAGGCACUGCGUCGCGAAAAGGAAAAAUACCCAAGCCACUACUGGCGGGUGUAGAUAGCACAGGUACCUCGAGCACCGCCUCGAGCAAGAGCCGGCUCCUGGACGACUCGUCCGGCGACGUGGUGUCGCCGAGCAUAAUCGAUUUCGCGAACGCUGCCGCGAGGCUCAAGGGCACGAUCUCCAGGCUCUCGGACGGCGCCGGCGGCAAACCCACCGAGGACAUGAUGCUGCUGGAGAAGCAGGGCAGGAGCUCGCAGCGGCAGCGGAUGACGUCGGAGGUCAGCGGAGAGCCGCGUCGCGCCGGCAGUCUGCCGCCUAGUUCGCUGCCGCGGCCGCCCAGGACCUUGAAGACGACCGGCAACCCGCGCUACUGCCGGCUGAGCGACUCUGAGACCCGGAAGAAGUCGGACCCAGGCCCGGGGAUGCCGGUAGAUGCGGCCGGGAGCGGCAACGCAAAGCUCGGCCGCGACUCCAGCAGCAUUGAGUACGGGAGAUUCGACACCGCUGCCGCCAAGGUGCUGCGCAGCAGGAAGAAGAACCCGGUGGAGAACAUCUUUAUGGCGAACAGUACCCUGAAGAAGUCGUCGACGGGCGCAAGCGGCGGCGGUCAUGAAUACGAAAGACUGCAGGCGGACACUGGCCGCAAGAAGUCAUCGUCGUCGUCGUCGGCUGGGAAUGGUAACAGCUGCGUGUCGGAGUUCGCGGUGAAGCAUCGGGAGAUUCAGAGCCGUUCGUUCAUACCGCCUCCGCCUCCAUCGUCAUCUCGGCCUCGUAUAGGCGAGUACGGUCGGCUGAGCGACGGCGAGGCCUCCUCGAUGAUGGCGGCGGCGAACGCUCUCAAGGCCGGAGGAGGUAGCGGCACCCUGAGAAAGCAGACGGGAGGGUCCUCCCGGGGCCAGAGCACCGGCAGCAUCGUCAGCAGCAAAAGCGGGGGCCGCGACUCCGGUGGAACCGCUAGCAGCGAGGCAUCGACGGCUUCCCUGCCGCCGACCAAGGCCAGGUCGAUACCGCGUCCCAAUUAUCGCAUCCAGUUCUGAGGAAGCUGUAUAUUUACGCGCCGUAUAGUUUUCAUCGAAGAGUUCCCCAGGUCUAUUUGGAUAGUGCGACUGGUGCCUAGGAUGACUAGCAUGAUUGAAGAUCGGAAGAUCCUGUGUUCAAUAGGCAAUGUGUCCAUUUAGGCCACUUUGGAGACUCGGUUCGAUCCGUAGACAAGAGGAUAUGUUAAGUUAAAAGAUUGAGUUAUAUUAGAAUGUUUUCCAGCAAUGAAACAGUUUUACACUGUGUGAUACAAGAGGUCUGUUCGUUUUAGCUGAACUGGCUGUACUAGUUCAGAUUGGAAGAAAAAAGAUAAACUGAAACCUAAUAUUACUCCAUUUGUUUGAUACGCAUAUAAAAUGGUGCGUUUGAACUGAUCGGUGACUGACCAAUUUACUAAUUAUUUGCUGCGUUCAGCAGAACAACUGCUUAGUUAUCGUCUUAUCAACACUCUACAUUGAUUUAUUGGUUCUAAAAGUAAGAACCAAUCACGUUCGAUUGCUAAUAAGCAAUUUGUUCUGUUCAACGCAACCAUUUACUAUUUACUAUUUGAUACGUGUAUCAAAUGCUCAGUAUAAAUUAAUUCAACGUUGACUUGUAAUUGGAACACUGCUUAGCUUUUUUACUUCAUUGCCAGAGUGCAGAGUCAUUUUGCAUAGCUUUUUCAAAAUUUUAAUCAGUUUUUUCGGUUUUUUUAAAGAUUUUUAAAUUUCACACUUAACUUCACGAUUUUAAAUAUAAGAUUGGACUAUGAAUAUCGUCCAUAAUGAGACACAGCAUUUUAGCUGUGUACAAUUGUGUCAAUUUGUGUACGUUGCUGGAAAACAGCUACCUAUAAGGCAAAGUUGGGAAACUUACUUUAUAAAAAUAAUUCGUUAUUGUUACUCGUUACUGAUUUUAAAAAGUAACUUGUUACCGUUAUCAUCAUUUAAAAAGUAACAAGUCGUUACAAUUUUCAUUACUUUUUUUCAUAUAUAUAUAUAUAUA